UCUUCCCCGGACGUCCUGCAGCUGCACUGCAAGAUCAAGAAGAUCCAGGUGGUGAGGCGCUUCAGUCAGACUGUGGAGGAGAGGCUGGUGGUGGAGCCGCUCCCUCGGGCCAACGUCUUAAUCAACUUCUCCAGAGCGGACCACACCACCCAGCUGCGCCAUGGGGACCUGCUCUCCUUUGGUGCCCACUACAUAUUCCUCUACAAGGACCCCGUGAGUGCCAAGCCUCUUCCAACACAGACACUCAGCAGGCUUAAAAUCCUCUUCCAGUUGCCCGAGCCUGAACUGGACCUGGCGGUCCCCCUGGCUUGCAAAAUGUGUGGCAGCGUUAUCAAGGAGAAGCAGCCACAGCAGCAGCAGCAGCCUGCCCGCAGAAGUUUCAAGCCCCAUCUAAUGAAACGCAAAAGCCUGCAGAGAAAGAAGCUGCACCUGGACUUCGAGGAAGCCCAGGAGGACGAGUUGAUCGGGAGAAUAGUGUCCCUCAUCGAGCCAGGUGGGGAUGACCACAAGCUGACUCCAGCGUACCUGCUUUGCCUGUGCAUCAAGCACUCAGCCGCAGCCUUUGAGGCAGGAAGCUUUGGGAAGCUUCUUCUAAAGAUUGUGAAAAGGAUACAGUCUAUAGCUUGGGAGAAGACUAAAGAGCUGGCAGAGAAACAUGCUCAGCACCAGGAUGCAGCCUCCCUGUCCCUACUGAGUGUCGCAGACCUGGUCCCAGACCUGCAGCUCAUCCUGUUCUGGAUGUCCAACUCCAUCGAGAUCCUCUACUACAUCCAGCAGAAGACCCCAGGCUUCCUGCAGGGCAUGGAGCAGCAGGCUGUGAAAGGUUCUAAAGUAUCCCUGCUCUCCACUGCCAUAUCAGCCAACGAGGAAGCCAUGACUAUCUUAGAGGAAGUGAUCAUGUACACCUUCCAGCAGUGUGUGUAUUAUAUCACCAAGUCAUUGUACGUCUCCCUGCCCGGCUUGCUGGAAUGUAACCCUUUUCAGGCUGAGAACAGUGACCCCUGCUGGCGAGGAGGCUCCCCUGCGCUCCCAGAGCCUGUCCGCAAGGUUGUUCUGAUCUACCAGACCACUCUGGACCUGCUGCAGCAGUACCAGGUGCACUCUGAGAUCCAGUCCCAGAUGUUUGCUUACCUCUUCUUCUUCACCAACGUCUCCCUCUUCAACCAGCUCCUAGACAAAGGUCCGCUGCGGGGGUGGUUCCACUGGUCUCGGGGCGUGCAGAUCCAGGGCAGUCUUCGUCUGUUGCUGGAGUGGGCUGGGAACGCUGGUCUCGGUCACCUGGCCGAGGAGUUCUUCUCCAAGUUCUCCAGCGCUGUGAGCCUGCUGGCCACACCGACCCUGCAGCUCGUGCAGAUGACCUGGAAGUCUCUCUGCAAUGAUUACCCAGCUCUCAAACCGGCCCAGCUGCACCACCUCCUGACUAAGUACCAGCUGGCUCCAGAUGCAGGGCCCAUCCUGGCCUGGCAGCCCAGCCCAGAGGAGGAGGCACAGAUCUACAGGACAGUGGAUCUUGUGGAGAGUUUUGAGAACCACCCCCCCAUUGUCCUGCCCAGCAGUGGAUUCCAAGUGGACUUUGAGUCGGACACUGUGGAUGACAACAUCUACAGACAGCUGCUCUACGUGCGCCACUUUCUGUGGAGCCUGAGAGCAAAGUCCCCCUCCUCCAACGGCAGCAUAGAUUCCCAGGAGCUACAGAGGGAGCCACCGUUAUCUCAUAGUAGCCCAAGGCCAGCAGCUCCAGUAGGUCACAGCACCCCAAGCAGCCACCAUUACUCUGGCAGCCCCCUGGAGACACAGCCAGACGGGAGGGUCUCGGUCUUGUCCAAUCUCAGCAGCGGUCCUAGAUAUGGUCCGUGUGAGGAAGACAGACUCAAAGAGAAGCUGAAUCACGUUCUGCUGCAGGGCAGCCUGGGGAGGAACAGCUCCUUCCUGCAGAGCCUGCUGACUCCUCCCAACACACUCCUCUACACUGACCUCAGCCAGCAGGACAGCACGCUGCUCAACAGAGGGGGCAGGACUAUCCAUGACGUCAAUAAAGGACUGAACAGCUUCACUGUCAAUGGAGUGGAAGGCAACAGCAAUGGGGUUAUUGACUUCCCCACCCCUGUCUCCUCCAGUCUCAGUUCAGCAGCUGAUGAUUUCUGUUACGUGUUUAUAGUUGAGCUGGACAAGGGACCCUUCGGACUUGGAAUGGGGCUGAUUGAUGGUCUGCACACACCCCUCAAUGCCCCUGGUAUCUAUAUCCGAACGCUGAUCCCUGACGGGCCGGCUGCUUCAGACAGUAGGCUCAACAUUGGAGACAGGAUCUUAGCUGUGAACGGAACCAGCCUGAUUGGAGCAGACUACCAGAGCGCUGUGGAUCUGAUCCGUGUGGGAGGCGGGAGGCUCCGUUUCCUCGUCGCCAAGUCUGACAUGGAAAUCUCGGAGAAAAUCAGUGCAUCGUCAUGUUAAAAGGAUAACCCUACUAUAAUCCACCACUGUCCCCUACAGCUAAUCUGGGAGAGUGGGCAAGGAACAAAACGCUGCUUCUGCACAUUCAAUGGCAUUAUACAUCUGAGAAGUACAAACUGUUACUUAAGAUUUAAGAUGAAGUAAUAUA